GUUUGAUAGGACGUCAGACCAGUCACGUGACCUGGGCGUGGUUUUAGCUGAUGUGAGGUGUGUGUGUUGUCGGGCAGAAGAAACGCAGCUUCGCUUUGACGGUGUCUGAAUAAUUUAUUCGUUUUAAUUAUUUUAGAUAUGGAUAUCCACAAGCCCAGGAACUGCAACCAGUUUUCACCUGCCUUUAAGAUGGCAAAUGGCUACAUUCUACCUGAGGGCAAGCUGACCCCCAACGCCCUCUUUGUUGGUGGGAUUGACAUGAAGGUGGAUGAAAAUGAAAUGCAGGACUUCUUCGCCAGAUAUGGGGCUGUUAAGGAAGUCAAAAUUAUCACGUACCGUGGAGGGAUCUGCAAAGGGUAUGGGUUUGUGUACUUCAGUGAAGAUGUCAACAUUCAGUCAAUCAUUGAGCAACAGAUCAGUUUUAAGGGUCGGAAACUCAAGCUGGGCCCUGCCAUCAUGAAGGAAAGGAGCUCUCGGUCCAUGCCAUCCCGUCUAGCUGGCCCAGCUCCUUGGAUGAGCCCCACUCAGUACUUCUACUGUGCCUGCUGCUCACCCAUGGGAGGGGGUAUGGCACAACCUUCACCCAUCUUCAGUGGGGGCAACCCCUACAGUCAGCCGUACUCCUACUCCAACAUGGGAGGGGUCAUGAUCCCACAGAUGCCAAUGAACUACCCACAGAACCCCUAUGCCUACCAGUACACUCCACCUCACUGGAUGGCGGACCAGAGGACACGGCCUGUCAAUCAGAGCUUUGUGGACUGUGGAGUGCAGACUAUGCUGACUGUGCUGUAGCCCACAGCUUACUGAGCCCCACACAAGAUACAGUGGCUACAGUGAGUCAGAACGCAGACAGGAUGGACAUCUUGAUGUUACGGACGGCUGGAAGCAACCCAACUCCUCACACUGUUUUCAGAAAGCCCUCCUCUCUCCUCCUUUCCUUCAACUACUGAGACCCAGUUUAACACCAGACUGCAGGAGCUCUCCACUUCAGACUGUAGUAGUUUGAUCACAGUCACUUUGAGCACAGGGAUCCCUGUCGUGUGGUGGAACCACUUUUAACCCACACGGAUCACAGUAACAUUCACACAAGAAGAGCAGAGCACCCUCACCUUCCCAGCUGAAUAUAUGGGCUCACUUUCUGUUUGUUUUCUUUCUUUCCUUUGGAUCUCAAAAAAGACUUUUAAGCUCACCCUUUGUACCUAUUUAUAUUUUAUGUUUCAUUAUUUAUUUUGGAGUUGGAGAGAUGUUUAUUUGGUUUUGACCUUUUUUUAAGCUUCUGCAAGGGCUCUCUACAGAAAAAGGUAUGUUUAUAUGAAUAUAACAAUGUCUUGCAAUCUGGUUGUAUCAGCAUUGGUGCAGAGCGCUUCUUUAGCUCAUCUGAUUAAGAAAUUUCAUUAACUGGUCCACUACAGCAUACCGGUACUUCCAUUCAUUUCAAGCGCUUGCGUUUAUUUUGUGGUCUAUUUAAUUGGCCGUUGAUCGAGGCAUUAAAUUAAUUGGCAAUUUUGUCACAUUUUAGUGCCUCAUCGGUAUCACGGAUUUCUCGUCUAGGUCAAACGCCAGACCUUUCAGGUUCCUCUGAGAUCUGUAUUUUGCAUUUCUAAACCGCCCCAUCCUGUGACUGAUUCCAAGGACAAUCACGACAUCAAUGUUUUUUUUUUGUUGGUUGUUUUUUUGUUUGUUUUGUUUUUUUUGCAACAUCAACUUAAAUUUGGACAAUGAAAAAAGAUAUGGAAAACAGUUUUAAGCCACUUUGCAAAUGAAGGACAUGAUUGACUGUAAGGUGCUCCCUGUUUCUUUGGGGAAACACUCACUGUACAUGGUUCACUUUAUAUGGUUGUUUCUCUCAGCAGUUUGGGUUUUAGCAUACUCACAGGUGAUCUUGCACGAAGCAUUUUACUGCCGUCAAACGAGUGAGAGAUGAUUCUUUUAUAGAUAUUCUUUCCAGCAAGUGCACCUCAUUUGUCUUUUUGUUAGAUUUAUACACUUAAAGAGCAGCUUUGUGUUCGGAGAUGCACAUUUUGGUAUUUGGUGUGCACCACAGAGUUUCUUUUAUUUUCACCCAGGUGAAUAUAGUUCUGUUUGACCUCCAACGUGUGAUCGUAUUGAUCAGUUUGUUGUGUUCAGGGAGCCUGGGCUCUGCACUGUUAGGUGUGUUCAUGUUUGAUUUUGUUAUGGAAAAAAUAAAAGUUAAAAUUUGUAAUUUAA